AUCCAAAAAAUAUGACGUCAAUAACAAAAAGAAUAUCCAAAAUCUAAUAAUUAAUAGUAUAUUCGGCGGGUCUUUAAUCGUACGAGAAUGCUAUCGGUGUCGGAACUUUAGAUCCGAUAUUAUAGAAAGCAACCAAACUCCGGGUCCGGUUAAUCGGGAGUUCAAGUUUUGGGAUUUUGAUGGGCCGUGCUCGAACUCGUACCGGUUUCAUCUCCGUCGCUUUUAAAUUCAUCCGGUCUCUGUUCCCUCGCAACCACCGUACUAAUAGCAUGAAGAUAAAAACAGGAACGUUUUUGGGUGUUUCGAUUUCAUUGAUUCUUAUAAACUUAGCUGCGAUCAUGGAACGAGCAGACGAGAAUCUAUUACCGUCGGUUUAUAAAGAAGUGAGUGAAGCAUUUAACGCAGGACCAUCAGAUUUAGGCUACUUAACGUUCGUUAGAAACUUUGUUCAAGGACUUGCUUCUCCAUUAGCAGGAGUUCUUGUCAUUACUUAUGAUCGUCCCAUUGUUCUUGCAAUUGGUACUUUCUGUUGGGCUUUAUCAACUGCUGCAGUUGGAGCCAGCAGUUACUUUAUUCAGGUUGCUUUAUGGAGAGCAGUGAAUGGGUUUGGAUUGGCAAUUGUUAUACCGGCGCUUCAGUCGUUUAUCGCAGAUAGUUACAGGGAUGGUGCCAGAGGAGCUGGUUUUGGUUUGUUGAACCUCAUUGGUACGAUUGGUGGUAUAGGAGGAGGUGUUGUAGCGACGGUUAUGGCUGGUUCAGAGUUUUGGGGCAUACCGGGCUGGCGCUGUGCUUUCAUAAUGAUGGCAACGCUCAGUGCAGUGAUCGGAUUACUCGUCUUUCUCUUCGUUGUUGACCCCAGAAAGAACAUUGAACGAGAGGAACUAAUGGUUCAUAAGAUGAAUUCGACCUCGGUUUGGAAUGAUUCAUGGGCGGCUGCAAAAUCUGUCGUCAAAGUAAGUACCUUUCAGAUAAUCGUCGCACAAGGAAUCAUUGGUUCGUUUCCAUGGACCGCAAUGGUUUUCUUUACGAUGUGGUUUGAGCUUAUUGGUUUCGAUCAUAACCAGACUGCAGCUUUGCUUGGGGUAUUUGCUACGGGAGGUGCGAUAGGAACAUUAAUGGGAGGGAUAAUCGCGGAUAAAAUGUCACGGAUAUAUCCAAAUUCUGGAAGAGUGAUGUGUGCGCAAUUCAGUGCAUUCAUGGGAAUCCCAUUCUCAAUCAUUCUUCUGAAAGUAAUCCCACAAAACACAAGCAGCUACACAAUCUUCUCAAUAACUCUCUUCUUGAUGGGUCUUACCAUAACUUGGUGCGGAUCAGCGGUUAAUGCACCGAUGUUUGCAGAAGUCGUUCCUCCUAGACACCGUACGAUGAUCUACGCGUUUGACCGUGCUUUUGAAGGGUCAUUCUCGUCUUUUGCUGCGCCUUUGGUUGGAAUUUUGUCUGAGAAAAUGUUUGGGUAUGACUCGAGAGGUAUUGAUCCUUUGAAAGGUUCCUCUGUUCGUGAGGCUGAUGCCCUAUCAAAGGGGCUUCUGUCGAUGAUGGCUGUUCCGUUUGGGCUCUGUUGUCUCUGUUACACUCCUUUGCAUUUUGUUUUCCAGAAAGAUCGGGAAAACGCGAAAAUCGCGAGCUCUAAAGAAACUGAAAUGAUUUGAGAGACUUAGAUUGCUCAUGUUGUGAUUCUUUUUAAUACCACAAACGAUUUUGAAACCACAAUGUGAAGCAGAAUUGGACUUAUAAA